CAGCACCGGCGAAGCUCGAUAACAGUCUGAUGAAGGAACCCCGCAUGAUCCAUGGGGCGCCUCGGGUCUCGAAGACGGCAAAUACUGCACGCAGAAAGCCGCUUCCCAAGCUCAUGAAUGGGCUUGCCAUAUCACCCCCUUAAGGAGGGAGCAUCACAUUGGUGGAGUGCACAUUCCGAAAGAUCACCAUUGGAUAUGGCACGGCCCCGUGUGACACCAGACCGCCACGUAUCUCAUGUCGAAUCUCUUGGUCCGGACCUAUUGCUGUUGCAUGCGAGUAGAGACAUGUGGAUACGUGCGGUGGGUUACUAUUAUCAAGAAUCACUUACGAGUGGCCCGCGACCGUGUUUGAAACACUUGUCGCACCGUGCCUCAGAUCCCGGCGCAACAUAACCCCUGGAUUGCAGCAUCUGGUCUGCAACCCAGGUUUUUUGCUUACUAAAAAUCAAACGUUUGACUGAAGGUCAUGGAUUGAAGGCCUCGGGUGAUCUAUAGCUUCACGUGGAUGGGCCGCUCAU